AUGGCCCCUGUCGCCUACGAGCCCGCUCAGUGGGUCGUUCGAUUCGCCCAUGAACCGGUCAGCAGUCCCCCCGUUGCGUCGACAAUCGCGAAGCUUGUUGCGAGUGGAACGGCGGCGCAGCGUGGUGGUGGUGGUGGUGGUUUACGACGCCCUAUUGAUCCCCAAGAUCGCUGGUUCGCCCGCACUGGAGAGUAUGCCCCCGUACACUAGCAGGCCAAGAAAUACCCCCCUCCUCCUUGGCCGACGGCGGCCGGCAUCAAAAAGGGAAAUAAGAUAGAAUACGACCCAGAAUACAAUUCCGUCAAACACCACGGUGAGAUCCUUGAAUAUACAAUGGAUACAAACCCCAUCGUAGCCACCGCGGAGAGCUCGGCUUGCCAUCACCGCAGGGCCAAGAACGCCCUGCCCCCAAUCCCCGAUAUGCAGCAUCGAAGAGGGUGUCGUGGUCGUGGCACUAGACGGGAAGCAGAAUCGACUGGGGCGGGGGAACAGACAUCCUUAGGCCCUGUUGGAAUUACCCCGACUCAUCUCUUCAUCUCCGCAUCUCGCCAUCAUAGAGAAAGAGAGGGAGAGGGAGAGAUAGAGCCAUCGGGGCAACUCGCCGGUCGUGUCCGUUUUCUCCACAGAGAGGUCUCCAUCAACGGAGGACAUAGAUUGAUUGGGGACAAUCAAUUAGUCUCACUAACUUGGGUGGAGUCCGGACAAAAGGCCAGCGGCUGGCAUGAGCGUGUCCAGUGGGACGUGCCACAGGAACAACCACUGGGUAAAGAGGUGAAGCACGGCUUGACCGGCGCACAACCGGGGAAAGUGGAGUUGAUGUUAGAUUGA